GCCGUUGGACAUACACAUACAUCUUCUGAAAUAACAGACUUAAACGUUAGCCUUGAAAAGAAAGCAGACAAGAACCAUACACAUGAUUUCUUCACAACUGUUGGUAUAGAAAGUAUUGAAGGAACGGUUGAAGAAACUGGUGGGGAUGCAUUAUAUUGUAAACCUCCUAACUUUCCACAAGGUUUAACAUCGGAUGACGACAUAACGACGAUGAGAAACAUUAGAUGUAAAGAUGUUUAUGUCAUGAAGGAUGAACAUAAUAUUAAAUUCACUGCUCAAGAUUUAUAUGACAAGAAAGCAGACAAAACAGAGCUUCAAACAUUAAAGACAGAAAUACUUCAAACAUUAUAUCCUAUAGGCUCUAUUUAUACGUCAAUGAACUCUACCAGACCAGAAGUAGUACUUGGUUUUGGAACUUGGACUCAAAUAGUCGACAGGUUUUUGUAUUGUGCAAACUCUUCAAAGGAAACAGGUGGAAGUAAAACGAUUUCAGGUGAAAAUUUACCUGCGCACAGUCACUACAUAGAUUUAAGUACAUCUCAAGCAGGUUGGCAUAAGCAUAGAUAUUGGGAUUGGUCAGCAAUGACAAAAGGUAAAGGAUAUGAUGUUAAAGACAACGUUAAGUUUGCUAUAAAUUGUUACUGGAGUAACACUGAGGGAGGAGGAAACCAUACACAUCGCGUUACAGGAUAUACGCAAACAACGGGACAAAGUAAAGAAUACAUGCCACCUUACAUGACAGUUUACGCAUGGUAUAGAAAUGCUUAG